CUAUUUAAAACUCGUCUAAAAAAACAAAAACAAGAAAAUAAUCGAGUUAAAAAUGUCAAAUAUACUAAAAUGUGCCGUAAAUAGCUGCCAGAGUGUUAAUAACAAGCUAUUUCGAUGUCCACAAUCCAGAAAUCAAUCGAUAAUAUGGAGAAACAUAUUAGGAGUAGCUCAAUAUGACUUCUAUGUCUGUGAAUUGCAUUUUGAUGCUCAAUUUAUAAGUUAUGAAAAAGUUUUGAGUGAUCAAGCAGUUCCAACGAUAUUCAUCAAUGACAAGCUUAGUCAAUAUUGUGCAUGCUGCUCGAUUCCAAUAAGUGAGGGACAUCAGAUUAGUCAGUUACAUCUAGAAAUCUACAGGAUGCUGUUUAGCUAUUUUGAUCUGAAUGGAGCAUUUAUAUGCUCAAACUGUAACGAAAAGAUGGUAGGAGUCAGUGACUUCAUUAAGAUUGUUGGACAAAAUCGAAGAACUUUCGAAACUAUUAAUUAUGAUAUGAAGGAACCAGUCAUAAAGAUUGAACCUGAAGAGUAUGAACUAUUUCCCCUUGAAAAUGUCAAGGAUAGAGACGAAAACAUAAACAUAAAAUCAGAAUGGAAUAGCAGUGAACCAGAUCCAGAAUGGUAUCCGUCAGAAGAAGAAGAAGAAUCAAAACCUAAAAGAUUCAAGUUUCCAAAAGAGACUACAAAAAUCAGACAAAAGUUUGAACUGAAAUGUGAAGUCUGCUAUUUUAGAUUUGAAACCAAACAAGAUUUAAGUAAUCAUGUCUUUAAUGUUCAUAGCUAUGAAGAGGAAGAUACACGAUAUAUUAAUAUGAAGAAAGCCGGUAAUAGUAAUGAAACCAACUAUCAGAAAUGUGACAUUAAAUGUCCAGAAUGUGGAAAGAAAGUCAAGUAUUAUACUUAUAAAGGACAUUGCUUAUCAAUCCAUUCCAAUAAGCGUGACUUGAUAUGCGAUCAAUGCGGCAGAGGAUUUGCAAUGUUACCAUCAUUAUAUAGUCACAUUAAGUCAGCACAUGACAGAAGAAAUUAUGAGUGCGAUAUCUGUGGAUAUAAAACAUGGAUCAAGUAUAGACUAAAAAGGCAUUUAAAUCAACUUCAUAAUGCUGCGUACAUCAAAAAAAGCAAAGAAGAAGCUUCAAAAUGUCCAAUCUGUCUAAAAAUUCAACCAAACAACUUUGAGCAUCACAUGAGAAAGUAUCAUCCUAAUAACUAUGACAGUGGAAUCCGAAUUAAUCCUGAAACUAACAAAUAUCACUGUCCAAAUUGCGUUCAAACUUUUAUAAGCAUCCAUCACUAUGAGAAGCAUGUCAAAGGAGAUAUUUGUUCAAACUUUGACAAGUAUGAAGUUGAAAGUGACAAAAUACUGACUAUAAAAACUCCUGGAAUAUUCACAUGUAAUAUCUGCAAAUCGGUAAAGCCAACGCUGGUCAAGUUAAGAAGACAUAUUACAAUGUUUCAUUCUGGUCCAAAAGCAUGUCUCAUAUGCAGCAAAACACCAAAGAACCAAAAACAAUUCCUGAAGCAUGUCAAUGUCUUCCACAAACUGAGUAUGAAGGAAUACAAAGCUAAGGCUAUAGAAUUAGGUCACAUCCUAUAAUUAUUAAGAGUUUUAAUGUAAAAUAUGAAGAAUCUCAUGUACUAAAAGCUAUUAAAUAAUUUAUUUUGAAUGGAAAG